AUGGGUGCAGAAAAUGUGAAGGGUCCUUGGAUUUGUCUGAUAUGUGGCACUCCUGGCAGAGCAUUACAUUUUACAAGUUAUUAUAACUAUCGUCGCCAUCUAGUAGAAGUUCAUAAUGAAAAACCAGUGUCAAAUAUGUGUGAAUAUUGUGGUUUGAAAUCACCAAAGAGAAACUACUUGGUCCACCAUUUAUACACGAAGCAUGGAGUUGAACCACCACGAGCUUUUCACUUCCCUAAAUGUAAUAUAUGCAGCUAUGUUGCCUUAACAGAAGCUUUCUUAGUGAAGCAUAAAAUGUCUCAUUCUGACAACCACAAAUUUCGAUGUGCGAUUUGUGCUUCUUCAUUUCAUAACUCAACUUUAUUAUUAAAACAUAUUCAGAAAACUGGUCACAAGUUUUCAGCUGAGAAAAAGCCAAGCCCACAGUGUAUCUAUUGCUAUAAAAUGUUUACACGAGAUUCAAAUUUAUAUGCCCACUUAAAAUCAAAUCAUUAUGAGUCUGCCAAAAAUGAUGGCAUUAUUGAAGAUUCUGACGAUGAAAAGGAAUCGCAGAUUCAUGUAGAUACUAAUAGGGAUGGGACACCAACAAAAUACAUAGAAGUUAAUGUUCCUGGAUCAUUUGACAAUCAAUAUGAUGAAACUUCCUAUAAUGUGCAGCAACGAUCAGAUGGAAAUAUUGAGAUAGUUACUAAAAAGCCACCACUUAAUUUAACUCCAAUUUCUAAAAAGAAAAUAUUAAAUGCUGGCUUGAGUAAAACACCCUCUUCUGGUACUCCUCAAAAAGUCAAAAUAAUUCAAGAAGUUGUGUCUAAAUCAGACUUUAUAGAUUCAUCUGAACUAAAAAAAAAGAAGAUAGUAUUGUAG